AAAGAACAUAUGAUUUCUCAGGGACCUUUCCCUGGACCUUCCAGAGAGCGUGAGGAACAUUCUUGAAAGGAAUUCCUGAGGAAGUUGUGAACAGACAGGACAGACAGAAAGAACGCUCAGUUGGACCCUUGGCAGGCCACCACAGCCGCCUCUAGGGGGCGGGGCCUGCAGCGACGAACCCGGUGAGGUCAUCGCACCGCCCCUCCAUCGCUGAUUGGCCGCGGCAGCUCGCGGGCGGCGGUUGGUUGGCCGCGUCCUCGCGCCUCCCCUCGCGCCGCCGCCGCCGCCGCCGCCGCGGAAAGGAGCCGCCGGGCGACGCCGAGGCCGGGAAAUCGGGUCUCUGGAAAGACAGGCCAAGGAAAGAGACAAAGAUGAAACCCAUGAAGAAAGCAGGUGGACUUCCUGGUCAUGGCGGCAGCAGCAAGUCCCCCCCAGCCACUAGGGCCAAAGCCCAGAAGCGCCGGGCAGUAGGUGAGGAGGGCAAAGAGGAGGAGGACGAAGAGCAGCAGCAGCAGCAGCAGCAGCAGCAGCAGGAAGAAGAGACUGGCACCCCAGAGGAGGAGGAAGGGAAAGCCCCCGACAUGGAGGCUGCCCCACCCCAGCUGUCCACUGUGGGGCCUCCAGAGGACCCCUCUCAGCUUUUGCCCCCAGUCGAGGACCCAAAGGGCGAAGGGGAGCCUGGGCGCUGGGAGCCUUCCCUGAGUCGAAAGACAGCUACAUUCAAGUCGCGGGCUCCCAAAAAGAAGUAUGUGGAGGAGCAUGGUGCUGGUGGGGGCAGUGGGCCAGAGGAGCCCCCUGCCACUCCCGAGGAGGGCAGGACCUGUGCCCUGCCUGCUUUGCCUGUACAGCCUCCCACCUCUGCCCGCUCAUCCUCCACAGACACGGCCAGUGAGCACUCGGCCGACCUGGAGGAGGAGCUGCCUGACCCUGGCCCUCCAGUGCCCUGGCCCCCUGGCCCUGCAGGUGUUGGGGUCUGUGAUCUGCGCCUCCUACGCUCCCAGAAGGUCCUGGCACGGCGGGAUGGGCUCUUCGUACCCGCCGUGGUAAAGCAGGUCCGGCGAAGUCAAGACCUUGGCGUCCAGUUCCCUGGAGACAGGGCCCUCACCUACUAUGAGGGGGCACUGGCUGGGGGUGUGGACGUGGUCCUGGAUGCCACCCCGCCCCCUGGAGCCCUUGCGGUGGGCACAGCCGUGUGCACCUGUGUGGACCCUGGUGAGACGGCUUAUCGAGAAGGGGUGGUGGUGGAGGUCAGUGCCAAGCCGGCAUCUGCCUCGUACAAAGUGCGCCUCAGCCAUGGGCCCCCGCCGGGGCUGCCGCUCAGCCCACCCCGUAGAGACAGAGAGGCCAUCUGGGUGGCACGCUCUAGCCUGCGCCUCCUGCGCCCACCCUGGGGCCCCGAGGAGAGAAGAAAGGGUCUGCUGGAAGCCAGCCAGGGGGAAGCGGGUGAGGAGGCAUCGCAGAGAGAGAGCCCGCCCCUGCAGCCUCCCCCACAGCCUCUCCCUCAGCUGCCCCCCUGUCCCCCUGGCCUGGAGGCCAAGCAGCCAGAGGAUGCAGAGGUAUCCAAGAUCAGCUUCGGCCAGGCGGCUGCAGAGGAAGAGGAAGAGAAACGGGCACUGGCCCCGGCCACCCCCUCGGCCGCCCAGCCCCUGCUGCCGCUGCCCCCUCCCCAGCUGCUCUCUCCACCCCCGAAGUCACCAGCCUUCACUGGGCCGGGCCGCCCCACCGAGCAGCCAUCCCCGGGCCAGGAUGGGGCCGGGGGCAGCCGCAGCAGCAGCGUGACCUCCCUGGACAGGGGGGUGGCCCCACCAGCCCGGGCCCGGACACCUCUCACGGCUGCCCAGCAGAAGUACAAGAAGGGAGACGUGGUGUGCACGCCUAAUGGCAUCCGGAAGAAAUUCAACGGCAAGCAGUGGCGGCGCCUGUGCUCCCGGGAUGGCUGCAUGAAGGAGUCCCAGCGUCGUGGCUACUGUUCCCGCCACCUAUCCAUGCGCACCAAGGAGAUGGAGGGGCUGGCGGAGGCCGGUGGGGGCCCGGGGGCUGGGGGAGCCGGCCGCCCUGCCGCCCGCGAGGGCAGUGCCGAGUUCGACUGGGCCGACGAGACGUCGAGGGACAGCGAGGCCAGCAGUGUGGCAGCCCGAGGGGACUCUCGGCCCCGGCUGGUGGCGCCCGCCGACCUGUCCCGCUUUGAGUUUGAUGAAUGCGAGGCUGCUGUCAUGCUGGUGUCUCUGGGUAGCUCCCGCUCUGGAACACCUUCCUUCUCACCCGUGUCUACCCAGUCUCCCUUCUCCCCGGCCCCCUCUCCUUCCCCCUCACCCCUCUUUGGCUUCCGGCCGGCCAACUUCAGCCCCAUCAAUGCCUCACCUGUGAUCCAACGUACAGCCGUCCGAAGCCGUCACCUGAGCGCCAGCACCCCUAAGGCUGGGGUGCUGACCCCUCCAGAACUGGGCCCCCACCCACCCCCACCUGCCCCCCGGGAACGCCAUUCCUCAGGCAUCCUGCCUACCUUCCAAACCAACUUGACCUUCACCGUGCCCAUGAGCCCCGGCCGGCGGAAGCCCGAGCUUCUGCCACACCCGGGGGGACUUGGGGGCCCUGGCGGUGGGGGGGCCCCAGACUUUCAGAAGAGCGACAGCCUGGACUCUGGAGUAGACUCUGUCUCCCACACACCUACACCCUCCACUCCAGCUGGCUUCCGGGCCGUCUCGCCAGCUGCACCCUUUCCCCGGUCCCGCCAGCCGUCCCCGCUGCUGCUGCUGCCCCCGCCAGCCGGCCUGACUUCAGACCCCGGCCCGUCAGUGCGGCGGGUGCCGGCCGUGCAACGCGACUCUCCUGUUAUCGUCAGGAACCCCGACGUACCGCUGCCUUCCAAGUUCCCUGGAGAGGUGUCCACAGGCGGAGAGGCCCGGGGUAGCGGCCAGCCCAGUAGGGCUGGGCGAGAGCACCCAGGGCCACCUGGGGCCAGCAGCGGGAAGCCAGGCCCACCUCCGCCACUGCCUGCCCCUGUCCCCAUCAGCAUCCCCCCACCUGGACCGGCCACCAUGGCCCAACCGGGGCCAGCCUUCGGACUGGCCUCCUCGCCGUUCCAGCCAGUGGCCUUCCACCCUUCACCCGCCGCCCUGCUGCCUGUCCUCGUGCCCAGCAGCUACCCUGGGCACCCUGCCCCCAAGAAGGAGGUCAUUAUGGGCCGGCCUGGAACAGUGUGGACAAAUGUGGAGCCACGAUCAGUGGCCGUAUUUCCCUGGCAUUCGCUUGUCCCAUUCCUGGCACCCAGCCAGCCUGACCCUUCUGUUCAACCCAGUGAGGCCCAGCAGCCAGCCAGCCACUCUGUUUCUUCCAGUCAGAGCAAAGAGCCUGCAGAGUCAGCAGCAAUAGCCCAUGAGCAGCCCCCCAGUGGGGCAGUGGGGCCAGAAUCUGGACGGCCACCUGGGGCCACCUGCCCUGAGAGCCCAGCCCCUGGCCCUCCACAGGCCCCCGGGGUCUCUGAAGGCAGCAAGAUUCCACCUCAGCAUUCUGAGGAGGAAGGCCCUGGGCCGACUGGGGAGAGUCGGCUGGACAGCGAGACAGAGAGUGACCACGAUGAUGCGUUCCUCUCUAUCAUGUCCCCGGAGAUCCAGUUGCCACUCCCACCAGGAAAGCGCCGGACGCAGUCCCUCAGCGCCUUGCCCAAGGAAAGGGACUCCUCUUCUGAGAAGGAUGGGCGAAGCCCCAACAAGCGGGAGAAAGACCACAUCCGACGGCCCAUGAAUGCCUUCAUGAUCUUCAGCAAGCGGCACCGGGCCCUGGUGCACCAGCGCCACCCAAACCAGGACAACCGGACUGUCAGCAAGAUCCUGGGCGAGUGGUGGUACGCGCUGGGGCCCAAGGAGAAGCAGAAGUACCAUGAUCUGGCUUUUCAGGUGAAGGAGGCCCACUUCAAGGCCCACCCGGACUGGAAAUGGUGCAACAAGGACCGAAAGAAGUCGAGCUCCGACACCAAGCCGGUGGCCCUGGGGCUGACGGGAGGCCCCAAGGAGAUGCGAGAGCGCAGCAUGUCAGAGACUGGCACAGCAGCCGCCCCUGGAGUCUCCUCGGAGUUACUGUCUGCGGCGGCCCAAACCCUGCUGGGCCCAGAGGCCAAGGCCCCUACGUCUGGCCCUGGGGCGGUGGAACGGCUGCACCCGGCUGGGCCCGGCCCCAGCAGGCCACGGGCUUUCUCCCACAGCGGUGUGCACGGCUUGGACGGGGGGGAGUCGGACAGCCAGGCGCUGCAGGAACUCACCCAGAUGGUGUCGGGGCCGGCCCCCUAUGUGGGGCCCAAGCCUCCGCCUCAGUAUGGGGGCCCGGGACCCUUUGCCACUCCUGGCGAGGGCGGGACCCUGGCGGGCGGGAGGCCCCCGAUGCUGCCGGCGAGACCGUCCCGCUCCCAGCGCACGGCCAGCGAAGACAUGACCAGUGACGAGGAGAGGAUGGUCAUCUGUGAAGAGGAGGGAGAUGAUGAUGUCAUAGCGGAUGAUGGCUUUGGCACCGCUGACAUCGACCUCAAGUGUAAGGAGCGCGUGACAGACAGCGAUAGCGAGGACAGCUCUGGGGACGACCCGGAGGGUGCCAAGGGCUUCGGCAGAAAAUUGUUCUCCCCCGUGAUCCACUCGUCCUUGUCGACUGCCUUCACUCACUGCCGCCCCUCCCUGGAGUCCGAACCCCCCGGAGCCCCUGAUCCCUCUUCAGCUUUUUCCAAGGGCUAUGGCCCUGCCCCUUCCUCCUCCUCUUCCUCCUCCUCUUCCUCCUUCCAAUUGGCUCCCGGGACCUUCAAGGCCCAAGAGCCCGGUCGAGGUGCUGUGGGGGGGCCUCUUCGUCCCCAACACCCAGUUGGGGGAGGACCACCACCCUCCAAAGCCCGAUUUCCUCCUGUGGACCCAAAUGCCUAUCGGCGCAAGCGGCCAGAGAGCACAGGAGGGCCUGACGCCUCUGCGGCCCAGUCCUUCCCUGGCCCCUCAGUCAUCGCCUCUCCCCCUGGGGGGGGUGUCCUGCAGGCGUUAGUGCUGCCCCCCGGGGGUGGCCUGUACCCAGCCAAGGAGCCCCUGGAGCGGGAUGGGAGUGCCCGGCUGCCCUCGGCCACAGUGCUGGUGACGGCCCCGGCCUCCCUGGGGGGUGGGGGACUCGCCUACGGGGCCCCGCCGGCCCCUCCACGCCCCGCUCCGACCGUGGUCACUAAUGUGGUGCGGCCGGUCAGCAGCACGCCUGUGCCCAUUGCUUCCAAACCCUUCCCCGGGGUGGGGCGAGGUGAGGGGUCCCCAGCAGAAAGUGCCAAAGGGGAGGCAGGGCCCCGGGCCCCAGGGGGCUCACCACUUGGUAUCGGUCUGGUCUAUGCUGACAAAAAGCAGGCGGCCCCCACGGCCUCACACCUGGUGGCAGGGCCUCUUCUGGGGGUGGGCAAGGCCCCCGCUGCUGUGACCAACCUUCUCGUGGGGGCCCCGGGCUACAGCACCUCGGCCUCCCCAGCUGUGCAGUUCAUUGCUCAAGGUCCUACUGGUGGAAGCGGGCCGACAGCUGCGACUGGGCCCCCUGCUGGCAGUGGCCCCAAUGGCCCUGUGCCCCUGGGCAUCCUGCAGCCCACCCCUCUGGGCAAGCCUGGGGGCAUCACCCAGGUGCAGUACAUUUUGCCCACCCUCCCGCAGCAGCUGCAGGUGGCCCCAGCCCCGGCGGCACCCGGCCCCAAAGCUGCAGCCGUUGGGGGGUCGGGCCCCACCACCAGUAUCCGCUUUGCCCUACCGCCGGGAACUGCUACCAAUGGGAAGGUCCUGGCACCAGCUACCCCGGCCCCCGGGAUCCCCAUCCUGCAGCCUGUCCCCUCUGCUGCACCCCCUAAAGCCCAGUCGGUGUCUCCAGUGCAGGCCCAGCCCUCUGCGGGCACUGCCCAACUGCUGCCUGGGAAGGUCCUGGUGCCCCUGGCAGCGCCUAGCGUGGCAGUGCGAGGCGGAGGGGCUGGCCAGCCUCUGCCCCUGGUGAGCCCGCCCUUCUCCGUUCCAGUGCAGAAUGGAGCCCAGCCAUCCAGCAAAAUCAUCCAGCUCACCCCGGUGCCGGUGACCACCCCCGGCAGCCUGGUGCCCCCGCUCAGCCCGGCCGCCCUGCCCAGCCCCGCGUCGCAGUCUCAGAAGGUCAUCCUGCCCUCUUCCACCAGAAUCACCUACGUGCAGUCGGCUUCUGGGCACAGUCUUCCCCUGGGUGCCAGCCCCUCCUCCAGCCAGAAUGCGGCUCCCGGCCCCCCAGCCCCGUAUGGGCCCGCCAGCUCCGUGGCCCUGGGUUUCACCACCAUCGGGCCCAGCGGGCCGGCCAUCGUCCAGCCCCUGAUCUCGGGCCAAGCCCCCCUGUUGGCCCCAGGCCAGGUUGGCGUAUCCCCUGUCCCCAGCCCCCAGCUGCCGCCGGCCUGUGCUGGGGGUCCCGUCAUCACAGCCUUCUACCCUGGCGGGCCAGGGGGCCCCUCGGCCAUGCCCCUUCCUCAGCCGGCCCCCCCGCCCCCUGCCCCCCCGGGCCUCGUCUAUACCGUGGCCGCCAGCGCUGCCCCACCUGCUGCCAUCCUGCCCAAGGGCGGGGCACCCGGCCCUCCAGCCCCCACCGCCUCUCAGACCCCGACCAGUCCUUUCCCCAGUGCCACAGGCUCUGUGGCCUACAGCCUGGUGACCCCAAAGGCCCAGCGGCCGCCACCCAAGCCCCCGCAGAAGGUGAAAGCGGCCAUCGCCAGCAUCCCUGUGGGCUCCUACGAGUCCGGGGUCCCCGCCCGGCCGAGCCCUGGCCCCCGGCAGGCUGCUGAGCAGGGCCCGGCCAGGGAGGUGACCCCAGAGACCGAGGCUGAAGGCCGGCCUGCUACCCCGGCACCCCCGCCGGAGAACUGGGCUCCGGCUGGCCGAGAGGUUGCCCGGGCCAGCCCCCCUGCAGCCCCGCAGGCAGAGGACAGGCCGGGCGUCAAGGCACCCGAGACGGCCGGCAAGAUCCCCGGCUCCCCGGAUUGGCGGAUUCCAGCUCUGGCGUCGGAGGGCCGAGGGGAGCCCCCCGCCCCGCCCAGCCCAGCCCCUGCACCGGGGGGCAGCGAGGGGGUGGGUGGGCGACCACCAGGGGCUGGUGACACCCCUGAACGCAAGGAUGUGCCUGGCAAGAAGGUGAAGGUCCGGCCGCCUCCCCUGAAGAAGACUUUUGACUCCGUGGACAACAGGGUCCUCUCUGAGGUGGACUUUGAAGAGCGUUUCGCAGAGCUGCCCGAGUUCCGGCCAGAGGAGGUGUUGCCCUCGCCCACCCUGCAGUCGCUGGCCACCUCCCCCCGGGCCAUCCUGGGCUCCUACCGCAAGAAGAGGAAGAACUCGACCGACCUGGACUCGGCCCCAGAGGACCCCACCUCCCCCAAGCGCAAGAUGAGGCGGCGCUCGAGCUGCAGCUCGGAGCCCAACACGCCCAAGAGCGCCAAGUGCGAGGGCGACAUCUUCACCUUUGACCGGACGGGCACCGAGGCCGAGGACGUGCUGGGGGAGCUCGAGUACGAGAAGGUGCCGUACUCGUCGCUGCGCCGCACCCUGGACCAGCGCCGGGCCCUGGUCAUGCAGCUCUUCCAGGAUCACGGCUUCUUCCCCUCGGCCCAGGCCACGGCGGCAUUCCAGGCGCGCUACGCCGACAUCUUCCCCUCUAAGGUGUGUCUGCAGCUGAAGAUCAGAGAGGUCCGGCAGAAGAUCAUGCAGGCCGCCACCCCUACGGAGCAGCCCCCUGGUGGCGAGGCCCCUGGGCCCCCAACUGCCAGUGUGGGGGCCCCCCCACCCCCCACCGAGGGCCCCGAGUCACCCCCACCUGCCCCAGACUCCUCCUCCUCCUCUUCCUCUUCCUCUGGCCUCUCGGCUGUGCCUCCCCAGCCCUUGGAGCCGGCGCCCAGCGAGUCCAGCUGGGACGGGGCUGCCCAGGCUUCCCCUCCGCCCCCUGGUCCCUCUCCUGGGGGCAGGUGAGAUGUCCGCUGGGGAGUGACAUCCCCAAAGGGCCUGGAGCGCCCCAUCGAGGAGACAGAUGCCCGCGUGGGCCCUGGGGGAGGGGCAGGAAGCUGGGGGGGGGCUGUUCACAAGUUCCCCCAGGAGGAAUGAGGCCCCCCACUGCUCCCCUCCCUGGGGUGUCAGGGAGGCGGAGGGCAGAGGGCCCAGCCCCCAGGAGCCCUGUACAUAGCCUGGAGUCGGUCACCCUGGGAAUCUUUUCACUCUACUUUAUGCAAAAUGGCUCAUGAGGGCAGGACUGACUGCCAGGGUAGAUGCCCCCCCCAGGGGUGCAGGGAAGGCCCAGGACUGAGGGUGGGGCACCCACUCCCCUCCCCUCCCCCAAGGGCCGGACUCAGGUUAGUUUGGGGGGGGCCUCCUGCACUUUGGCCCUAGGUGGGGGUAGGGCAGGAUGUUCCCCUUCCCCCUUCCCUGCCCCCCAGGCUGGACUUUCUAAGAAGGCGACACCCCCCCCCCCAACAAUACAUGUUGAUCAUGUGCAAUAUUUCUUACUGUGCCGAGAAGCCUCGAAGACCGAGAUUAAAGCUGUUUUAACACA